AUGAAGGAGUUCUCCCUCCGCGCGCUCCCUUGGCUGGUGACGCGCUUGUGUUUCCUUCGCGCGGCUCUGGACCCCGGCGCGGGUCAGGAUGGAUCGCGGGCUGCAGGUGCGCCGCAGCGGGGAUUGACUUGGCGCCAUAACGGACAGGUUCACCGGAUCCUGAGUCACGGUUCUCAGUACCGACCAUCUGGGCGGCGUCCUCCCGGCUCCGGCCCGUGGCGGGAUGACCUGGUGUUCCUCAGCAACGAGACGCAGUCCUCCGGGCCGCCCGCCGCACCUCGGGUUCCCGCGGUCAGCAGCUCUGCGCAAUUACGCGCCGCGCGUCAAAACCGGCCUAGUGGAACAGAGAGCACCGGAGAGCCGGUCCCGGUGCGGCCGGUGGACGGGAUGGUCGGGGACGACCCUUACAACAAUCCGUACAAAGCGGCAAACUACCACCCCUACUAUAACUACUACAACUCCUACUACCGGCCCGGAACCCGAUGGAGACCCGGGUACGGCACCCGCUACCACCAACACGGGCUCCCUGACCUGGUCCCUGACCCCUACCUCAUCCAGGCCUCCAGCUACAUCCAGAGGCUGCCCGUCUACAGCCUCCGCUGCGCCGCGGAGGAGAGCUGCCUCGCCAGUUCGGCUCAACAGGCGAGGGACUUUGAGACCCGGGUUCUGCUGAGGUUCCCUCAGCGCGUGAAGAACCAGGGAACGGCCGACUUCCUGCCCAGCAAGCCUCGCUACUCCUGGGAGUGGCACAGCUGUCACCGCCACUUCCACAGCAUGGAUGCCUUCAGUCACUACGAGCUGCUGGCCGCGGGGGCGGGGCCCAAGGGGGGGGCGGGGCUGCGCGUGGCCGCCGGCCACAAGGCCAGCUUCUGUCUGGAGGACACGUCAUGUGACCCCGGACACCACCGACGCUACGCCUGCACCUCACACACACAGGGCCUGAGUCCCGGUUGCUAUGAUACGUACAACGCUGACAUUGACUGCCAGUGGAUCGACGUUACGGACGUUUUACCCGGGAAAUACGUCCUGAAGGUGACGGUGAACCCGACUCAGAGUGUCUCGGAGUCCGACUACAGCAACAACGUGGCACGCUGUGACGUGACCUACAGCGGGACGGCCGUAGAGAUGUCUGACUGUAGACUGGCCUCGUAA